AUGAGUGCGUUCGUUACUUGUGGGGCCACGGUGCCGUUUCCCGCGUUGGUUGAGGCUGUUCUGGCGCCAGAAUUUGUUGGGUGUUUGUCCCGGGAGGGUUACCGGGUGCUAUGUGUCCAGUUUGGCCGUGGGUAUGACUUUGAGGCCCAGUUUACGUCGGUGACCUGUACACGUAUGCCGUUGGAGAGUGCAGAGGUCAGCGAGCUGAGGCAAUUAGUCCGGGAUGAGCGAGUGACUGUGAUGGGUUACAAAGUGCAAGAUGUCGUGGUGCUGGGCUUCGCGUACUCUAACAAUAUCCUACAAAUCAUCGACCGGUACGGGGAUGUGGUUAUCUCGCAUGCGGGCACGGGGUCGAUCUUGGACUCGCUCAGGUUGAAUAAAAAACUUAUAGUGGUAGUUAAUCACACACUGAUGGAUAACCACCAGAAACAGAUCGCAGAGAAGUUCCAAAACCUUGGUCAUAUCUUGGCGACUAAUCCUACUGCGAUUGAACUAUGCGAUGCUAUGAAGAGGUUGAAACAUGAAGACUUGAUACCACUCUCGAGCGAGACCAAUACCGAGUUCAUGGAGAGAUUGAAGAGCAUUGCCUACUCAUGA